AGUUGUCAAAUUAGAGCCGGUGAGCUGGGAUAGGCUGGGAGUUUGGUUUAGAGAAGGUCGGAGCCUAGUGCGGGACAGUGCAAGAAUAGCGACUGAAUGUGGGACAAGGAGAUCUGACGUGGACAAUCUAUGAAAAAAAAUAUUUACAAUUGUUGCAUCCAGCUAUCAAACACCUCGCCCGCGCGAAUGACAAAGGUUGGGUGCGUAAACUUUGGCAUUUGGGUCUGAUCGUUCCAAAACCGGGCCGUUGUUUUUAGUAGAGGCUUUGAAAGAGAACAUCAUGCCAAGGCGGACCGUGCAUGAAGUAACAGUUCAAGAUGUUCAGAAGAGGAGAAAUCCGAACAAACACUAUGUUUAUAUCAUCAAAGUUUCCUGGUCUGAUGGCAGCACAGAAGUCAUCUUUAGGCGCUACAGCAAGUUCUUUGACCUGCAGAUGGAGCUUCUGGAUAAGUUCCCAGUGGAAGGAGGACAGAAAGACCCCAAGCGCAGAAUCAUCCCUUUUCUACCAGGAAAGAUUCUGUUCAGGAGAAGCCAUAUCAGGGAUGUGGCCAUGAAACGCCUGAGGCCUAUCAACGAGUACUGCAGGGCCCUGAUUCAGCUGCCUGUGUACAUCUCGCAGUGUGAGGAGGUUCGAGUGUUCUUCGAGACCCGACCUGAGGACCUAAACCCACCCAAAGAGGAACCCAUUACAAAAAAGAAGUCAGGGAUUGUGGAAAGAGCGACUACUUUCCUAAAGAGAGGGGACUCCAUCUCAGCUGACCCCCUGCUCCUGGACCAGUACGUGGCCGUCACGGACUAUGAGAAGCAGGAGAGCUCAGAGAUUAGCCUGCACGUGGGCCAGACGGUGGAGGUCAUCGAGAAAAACGAGUCCGGUUGGUGGUUUGUCAGUUCAGACGAGGCCCAGGGCUGGGUCCCUGCCACGUGCCUUGAGGCCCAGGAUGACCCUGAUGACUUCUCCCUGCCCGGCGAGGAAGUGUCCCGGAGGUACUGGUCACUGCCGAGGCACGUGGGUCGCCGGCGAACAUUAGGGGAUCUGUUCAGCACAAGUACAGGCUUUGGGCAAGAGGAGCGGUACACAGUGAUCUACCCCUACUCAGCACGAGACCAAGACGAGAUUGACCUGGAGAGUGGCAUGACAGUGGAGGUCAUACAGAAGAACCUUGAGGGCUGGUGGAAGAUCAGGUACCAGGGACAAGAGGGCUGGGCUCCGGCAUCCUACCUGAAAAAGGCAGACAUCCUGAGCCAGAAGCUGGCAGCAGGUGUGGCAGGCCACGCCAGCACCAAUGAGCUGGACGGAUUCCCCAAACAGCAGAGCCAAGCCAAGGAGAGCAGAGGGGACCGGGAGCAGAAAGACAAGGGCUUCUCCCCCUUCAAGCAGGGAGCAAGACAGAGGCCACCACCUCGCAGGGAUCUCAGCAUUCCGAGGGGGCAGAACCUGCCCAAGCCCCCCACCCCUCCCCAGGUGGAGGAGGAGUUUUACACCAUCGCAGACUUCCAGACCACCAUUCCCGACGGUAUCAGCUUCCAGGCCGGGGUGAAAGUGGAGGUGAUAGAGAAAAACUCCAGUGGCUGGUGGUACAUUCAGAUUGAAGACAAAGAGGGCUGGGCCCCUAUCACCUUCAUUGACAAAUACAAGAAGACCAGUUUGACACCCCGCCCUAACUUCUUGGCACCCCUGCCCAAUGAGAUGGCUCAGCUGAAGCUGGAGGAUGGCCCUGCCAGCGGCGCCGAACAAGAAGACAGUUGGUCUAAACCACUGCCAGACGAGCCCACUACGAGCAGCGAUUCUGCGGCCAGGCCAAAGCUCAGGGACUGGAAGUCCAGCGCCAGCAAGGGGGCAUCUGCCUUCUCAGGACCCCUACCCCCUGCUCCAUCUGCCCCUCCAGCCGAGGAGAAGCCGGCCCUGCCACCGCGCAGGGAGUCCAUCAACAAGAGCCUGGACAUUGAGAUUACCGUGGAGAAACCAAGGCCUGACCUAUCCAAACCCCUGCCUCCAAAACCCCCAGCCCCAGGUGUCAUCAUGCCCCUGCUCGCCCCCAAAGCUGCCCCCUUCAAGCCGGACAAGCCCCCCGAGCCUAAAAGAGAGGCUGCAAACAAGCCCCUGCACCUGAAGAAUGAGAUGGGCCUGGAGUGUGGCCACAAGAUCUCUGCCAAAGAGGUGAAGAAGUUCAACCUGAAGCCUGUGGCAAAGCAGCCUCUCAAGCCCAAGCCUGAUCCACCGGAGGAGAAGCCAGAGGCUGCCGGGCCUGCGCUGUUCAUGAAGCCCAAGCCCAUUGUCCGACCCAAGCCCGUCCCAGCGGCCAAGCCUGAGUCGCCUGCUGAGAACAAGCUGGACAUCACCAACCUGAGGAGCAAGCUGAAGCCUUCGAAGCCAGCGGAACCAGCGGAACCGGGCACUGGAUCAGCAGAACUAAGCCACCAAAAUGGCACUACAGCCAACAACGCCCCUAGCAGUGCUUUACCCAAAAUCCCCCCCGGUAAUGUACCCCCCAAGAUGCCCCCCCCCAACAACGUUCUUCCCAAGAUGACACGUCCCAGCAGCCCUCCUGGAAACGCCCCCUCCAAACUGCCUCCGGCCCCCUUUGCCCUCAACAAUGGCAAGGCCAGUGACGAGCCCAGAUUCUCCCCCAAGCAGCAGAAUGGACAUGGGAGCCCGGAUGUCCCAAAACCUGCUACCCCCCCACACAAAGAACCUCCGGGCAGACCGGCCCUGCUACCCAGGAGACCCCCUCCACCCAAAAAAACCUCAGAGCCGUCCAGCCCCACGGAAACCAGAGCGCCCUUGAAAGAGCUCCCAGACACCAAGCCUGCCCUCACCCAGCUCGGCAGACCCCCUCCCCCUAAACCCAAAGCUUUUGUGCCUCCUCCACCCAAAGACAGGGAGAAAGAGGAGACCAAGGCUAAAGUGCCCGUGGCCCCAAAGCCCCAGGUAAAGAGUGAGAAGCCAGGCCCUCCGAGGGACAAGCUGCCCCCUUUGAUCAAGGAGCCCAGUAAAGAGGAGCUGUUCUUGGCCGUGGCAGACUUUGAGGGAGAUGAUCAGACUGCCGGCUUCAAGGAAGGAACCGUCUUCGAGGUGAUGGAGAAAAACAGCAGCGGCUGGUGGUUUUGUAAAAAUCUAGGAGAAGGGCCAAUGAAAGAGGGCUGGAUCCCCUCCAAUUACCUGACCAAGAAACCCUAGGGAUCAGGUUUUUGGCAUUUUUUAUUAAACAAAUCACUAAUUAAUUGUAUUUAAUUAGUUUUUUUUUAUUUAUAAGUACCUUAUUUUAAAUUGAGGCAUUUUUGUUACUUUGAUACAUUCCAUUUGUCUAGCGUUCCGAGUGAGAAUGAACCAGCAAUGAAAUAUUUCUUUUGCAUAUACAUCUGUAUUUUUGAAUACUUUUUUACCUUGUUACAAAUUACCUGGCAUCAAAUCUGGGACAAGCAAUUUCCCUCUCAUUUUGUUCACCUUUUGUGCCAUACAGUAUGCUACUCAAGCCUAUGAUGUUAUUUUACGAUGUGUAUCAAAAGCUUUGUAGCAGAACAACACAAUAUGUAUUGUAUAUGUAUAUGUAUGUCUUUCCAAGCCUUUUCUGAUAUUGUGCCUCAGUAUAAUAUUCAAAAGUGCUUUAAGCUUAAAUAUAUGCAAUUUAGCUAGAUAUUGUCUCAUUUGGUAUAUUAACUAAUCUUUAUUCUGAUGCGUGUAUUUGAAACUGAAAUGCAUAUGGAAAAUAAGUAAGUCCAUAUGUCACCAGGGUCAGUAUUCACCUAGCCUCACAGACUGCUGGUUGAGGAUCAGUUUCGCCUUUAAGGUCAUUUUAGACGAAAUGGACAGAGGCUACCGGAUCCAAAAUCGGCCCUAAUUGUUUAAGCUGCUUUGUGAAUACAUGUUGAGUUCGAAAAGACAGCCAUAUCCAGCCAAAGGCAUGCAUACUUCUAAUGCACCUCAACGAAUGUCCCUCCUGCUGAGGCUGCGUGUGGAGGUCACAGGUCACAGGGGAUUAAAGAGGCUUCUGAGGAUUAAAAUAUUUACACUUCAAGAUGAGAUUUUGACAAGUUAUUCUAAGUGCUAACACUAAACAAUUAUACAGUGUUCACGUGUUUGUGAAGGUGUUUCUUUUUUAGAAACUGCAUAAUCAUUUUGCCAUUGAUUUUAAACAGAUGUGCAUUAUUCAAAUGAUUCUCACGGUUCAGGUCAGGGUCACGGAGGCUCAACAGAGUGAUCGGGAGGAAGCAUGGAGUACACAUCAAAGCCACUGCCGUGCUUUAAAAAGAUAUGUGGUCAAUGCAAGACUUCGGAGGAUGAAUACCUAGGUCCAGUAUACCUGGGUCUCAAGAACCAAAAGGACUGUUGAAAUGAAAUGGACUCAUUCCCCGGGGUGUUCAGAACACCUAAAUAAGAAAUGACCAAUUAGAGAAGUAACACCAGGCUUCUUCUGAUGUGUACAAUGUGCCAUAACUAUACUGCAGGUUCACCAUAACUACAGCCCCCGAAUGAGAGGGAAUUCCUGUGAUUUGUACAGUGAUACAGUACAAAAUGCAGCGUCACUGAAUCCCCCCCAAACACUGCUCCUAUAUGAGACAGCAUGUGAAGUGGGAUCUUCAUGACAGGUUUUACAUUAGUGCUUGACUGGUUUCAAGCACAUCGUCGUUAUUGUACUUCUGGAAGGAAGUCGUGUCAGCUGUUGUCACUUUCUUUUUGUUUACUUUUCACCUCUUGCCAGGUCUGGCCAUUGGGAAAGGGGGUACAGUCCGUUAUUUAGUAGAUGAAGGGGGUUGUUGGUCAUAUGAAGAGGCUGAGGUGAGGAAAUACAGUAGUGGAGGGACGGUUGUUGGUCAUAUGAAGAGGCUGAGGUGAGGAAAUACAGUAGUGGAGGGACGGUUGUUGGUCAUAUGAAGAGGCUGAGGUGAGGAAAUACAGUAGUGGAGGGACGGUUGUUGGUCAUAUGAAGAGGCUGAGGUGAGGAAAUACAGUAGUGGAGGGACGGUUGUUGGUCAUAUGAAGAGGCUGAGGUGAGGAAAUACAGUAGUGGAGGGACGGUUGUUGGUCAUAUGAAGAGGCUGAGGAAAUGUAGAGAGUUUGUCUCUAGGAGACACAGACAAGGCUGGGAGUGGCUGCAGUCACAGGUUCAUUGAGUAAUCUCUGAUCUGCUCCUAGUUGCUAUAAUACUUUCCCCCGCCCUGUUUUCCUCUCUCCAUCGUCUUAUUUCGGAAUACUAGAUUCAGUGUCAUUUGACCGAAUGAGCGGCAGGUACCUUAGUUGUUAGAAUGAGACUAUCCCCAAUCUGAGCAAAGCCAUAAUGUAUUUGGGCCCGCAAAUAUGUGUGGUGAGAGCUUCUGACCAGUAACCGAAAGGUUACUAGAAUAAAUUCAAGAGCCGUCAGGUCAAGGUAAACAAAAUGUAGUUGUGUCCUUGAACAAGACUAUGAACCAUCACUGCUCAGGAUAAGAGCAUAUGCUAUUUGUAUGUACGCCGUUCUGCAUAAGAGCAGCUGCAUCAUUAAAGCUCAUCUGCAUGCUCGUUGAGUAGGUAAUGGGUUUAAUUCUUGGGACUACACAUACACAUUUUCUAUUAAUUGGCACUAUUGUUAUUCUAAUAAAUCAAGUACAUCAUCUUACGGUCCAAAGGCUAACAAAAAAAAAACGAACAAAAAUUGCCAACAGUGAAAUCUUCAGUGAAGUUACCUGAGGUUUUCCCCAUGUGUAAUCGGUGUUCCCAGUGCACAUGAAAAUAUGAAUGUCAGAUUUGUACGGAUAUGGAUCGACUCAUGGAGUUGGCCUUGACUGUGUGGAAAGUCUGCGUGGAACAGAUUUGUUUGGGAAAAGGGUUGAAAGGCGGUUGGAUAAACUGGUGAACUCUACAGUUUAUGUUUACUGGAGUGUAAAAAGAAAGGCUAGCAGGGAUCUAAACACUACAAUGCAAGAAUGGGAAGUUCUGUUAUUAUGCUUCAAGUAACGCUUUAGACUGAAAACGGUCCAUUGUUUAUGAUUAUUAUAUGCAGCAGGACACGCCAUUCCCACUGCUAAAUUGAAAAUUGCCUUGAGUACUGUAAUGUUUAUUUUUUGUCUGUAUUUCUCUUCAUGAUCACUUUUCUUUCUUAUUAAGUCAAUAAACAUUUAAC